UAGAACUCAACAAACAAACAACAAACUUAAUUUAUUAGUUAAUAGUUAUUACUCUAAGCUUAAAAUUAAACAUAGCUGUUAUCCGUAGCAUUUGAUUUAUCUAUGAUUCCUUCCUGGCGGAGAUUGAUUUAUAUGAUGUUGCCCAUGUUGCCUAAGCCAAUAGGCCCUGAAAGUGUAUGAUUUAUGGAAGAAAUAAAUAACAUCAAACUGACUUUAAAAUUUAAGAAAUUAUUAGCACUGAGUGAAAUAAAUGGAAAUGACAAUCCAUGAGCGAUCCAUAAGAACAAGUUUGCUGCAAGGAAAUUAAUAGAGGUAAUCUCCGACAUGAUUGUUUGAACAAGAAGAAACUUCAAAGAACAAAUUAAAAAUGACAAUCCAUGAGCCCAAGCAUAAGAAAAAGUUUGUGGCAAGGAAAUUAAUAGAGGUAAUCUCCGACAUAAUUGUUUGAACAAGAAGAAACUUCAAAGAACAAAUGAAAAAUGACAAUCCAUGAGCCCAAGCAUAAGAACAAGUUUUUGGCAAGGAAAUUAAUAGAGAAAUGAUAAUCCAAGAGCCCAAGUAUAAGAAAACAGAAAUUCAGUUUAUAGCAAGGAAACUAAUAGAAUUAAUCUCUGACAUAAUUGUUUGAACAACAGUUUAAAAUAAUACUUAUACUAAACUUCAAAGAACAAAUGAAGUAAUUAACUAGAAUGUACAACUAGAAUUUAAAUUAUAAUAAUUGUAAAAAAUAUGAAGAAAAGCAUAUUUAAUUUAAUAAUUUAUAUGUUAUUAUGUAUCUUAAAAUACUAGAGAAGACAGAAAAAUCCCUCAAAUAUGUUGUAAUAUCUCUGAUAUGCAUAAAUGUUUUAUGAGCAAGAGACAUUUUAAAGUUUAACUAGAAUGCUAUAUGUAUAACCGCUAAACAUUUAGCAAAUCCAAACAAGGAAGAUAUUUCAAUUGACAUACAAGGUUUUCUAACUAGUUUGGCCCUCCGAAUAGUUACUAGCUUAACUGAUAAACAAGAAAGGGCCAAAUUACAAAAGUACCAAAACACAUUAAAAUGCAUACUAUCAAGUGUCUAUUUUGCGGUAAGAUCUGUUCAAAACAAUUGUCAAAAGCUCAUAUAUUAUCACAUACUGGCGAGCAUCCCUUUAAAUGUUUGGUAUGCGAAAUGACCUUUGCCCAAAUACAUCAAAUAAAGAGACACUUGUUAAAUCACUCUGGGAAGGGUCCUUACAAAUGUACUACAUGUGGAAAAUCCUUUGCAUCCAAAAGCCAUAUGAAGAGACACUCAUUGGUCCAUUCAGGAGCAAGAUCUUAUAAGUGCAAUACAUGUGGAAAAACGUUUACAUCUGAAAGCUAUAUGAAGAUACACUCAUUGGUCCAUUCAGUAGAGAGACCUUAUAAGUGUUCUAUAUGUGGAAAAUCCUUUGCGGCCAAAAUGUAUUUAAAGAGUCAUACAUUAAUUCAUACUGGAGAAGAGAGACCUUUUAAGUGCAAUACAUGUGGAAAAUCCUUUAAAUUGAAAGGUUAUAUGAAACAACACACAAAGAGACAUUCAGGUGAGAGACCUUAUAAAUGCAAUAUUUGUGGAAAUUCUUUUCUGACCAAGGAUGAAAUGAAGAUUCAUACAAGGGCUCAUACCGGAGAGAGACCUUUUAAGUGUUCUACAUGUGAAAAAUAUUUUGUGACAAAAAACGUUUUGAAGAAACAUCACACAAUGGUUCAUACUAAAGUGAGACCUUAUAAGUGUUCUACAUGUGAAAAAUCUUUUGCAAGGAAAGACAUUUUGAGGGUUCACCACAUAAGGAUUCAUACUAGAGAGAGACCUUUUAACUGUUCUUUAUGUGAAAAAACUUUUGCAACAAAAAGUGAAUUGACGGGUCACACAUUGAGGUAUCACAAAAGGGUUCAUACUGGAGAGAUGAGACCUUAUAAGUGUUCUAUAUGUGAAAAGAGUUUUGCAAGGAAAGGCGUUUUGAAGGGUCAUCUCACAAGAUGUCAUACUGGAGAGAAGCCUUAUAAGUGUUCUACAUGUGAAAAAUAUUUUGUGACGAAAGAGUAUUUGAAGUUACAUCACUCAAGGGUUCAUACUGGAGAGAGACCUUAUAAGUGCUCUACAUGUGAAAAAUCUUUUGCGACGAAAGAUCAUUUGAGGCGUCACAUAAGGGUUCAUACUGGAGGGAAGAGACAUUAUAAAUGUUCUAUAUGUGAAAAGAUUUUUACAACGAAAGACGUUUUGAAGGGUCAUCUCACAAGAUGUCAUACUGGAGAGAAGCCUUAUAAGUGUUCUACAUGUGAAAAAUAUUUUGUGACGAAAGUCGUUUUGAAGUUACAUCACUCAAGGGUUCAUACUGGAGAGAGACCUUAUAAGUGUUCUACAUGUGAAAAAUCUUUUGCAGCAAAACAAACUUUGGAGGAACAUCACACAAGGAUUCAUACUGGAGAGAGACCUUAUAAGUGCUCUACAUGUGAAAAAUCUUUUGCGACGAAAGAUGAUUUGAGGGGUCACAUAACGGUUCAUACUGGAGAGAGACCUUAUAAGUGUUCUACAUGUGAAAAAUCUUUUGCAGCAAAACUAACUUUGAAGGAUCAUCACACAAGGGUUCAUACUGGAGAGAGACCAUAUAAGUGCUCUUCAUGUGAAAAAUCUUUUGCAACAAAAGAUGAUUUGAGGCGUCACAUAAGGGUUCAUACUGGAGGGAAGAGACAUUAUAAAUGUUCUAUAUGUGAAAAGAUUUUUACAACCAAAGGCGCUUUGAAGGUUCAUUACACAAGGGUUCAUACAGGAGAAAAAGAGAAAAAGAAUCUGAAUAUUACCUUAUAAUCUGAAUGUUAAUCUCUUAUAAUCUGAAUGUUGGUACCUUAUAAGUUCUCUACACGUGAAAACACUUUUGCAACAAAAGAUUAUUUGAGGGGUCAUCACACAGGAGUUCAUGGAGGAGAGAGACCUUAUAAGGCACACGUCCACACUCUUGAUUCUUUUCAUUUGAUCAAUGAAAUACUUAACAAUAGUAGUUUAUUUUGUUUUGUUGAUACAAUUUUAUCAAGUUGUAGGUACUUAAAAAAAAAAAUUGACUUAAGCCUGACUUAUUUUUCAUUGUUGGGACCCAUUACUCAAGAUGAAAUGCUAGGUCAAGGUUAUUACAUGUUUUUACAAAUAUCAGUGUUUUAUCUUGAACUGUUUUUUCUUUAGUUGUAUUCUACAGGUUUCAGCAAAUUUCUCUUUUAAGGAAACAAGCUAUAAAUGUUGGUAGAUGGCAAGGUAACAGUGAGACCUGGGUCAGAUUAACUUUUUGUUUUGUUGACCUCCGAGAUAACAAAAACGGUAUUGUUAAUUUGUCACGUUUUUUAAAUUGUAUAUAGAUGUAUAGAUGAGGCUCCUAGCCCAUAAAACAACCAGAUAAUCAAUAUAAAAUACCUGUUUGUCAAAAAAGAUUUUUUACCAAAAUUAAUACAUGGGUUUUCGACAAGAUGUUAAAAUUGUUAUUUUUUUUAUCAGAUUAUGCUGAGAUAAAAUUAAAUUUAAAACAUAUAUUUUGAACGUUUUAAAGUUGAAUCUUUCUUUUGUACUUAUUAAUAGAGCACCUAGGCUUUUUGUUAACACAUAGUUUUUGUAAUACACUGCACUGUUAUUAUAUCAUAAAAGGAAUUAAUGUUUUAAACUAUAACUGUAUAUCAAAAACAAACAACAUAAUCGAUUUAGG